CUGUGAUGUCUAUGCGGUAGUAUACUUGUCUAUGCUGUGGUACAUGUAUUAAUUUUAUAAAAACUUUAAUUGAUUUAACAGGAAAGUAAUUUUGGAACUCAAUAAAGAAUUAUUGAAAUGUACGAAAUGACACUGUUAUGUAUAUAAAAUCGCUUUUAUCUAAAUAUCAUCAGUUAUUUGCAACUAAGCAUUUAGAGUCAUUACAUUUGAGAAAUUGUAGUAUAAGUACAAUGACUUCUCUUGAAAAUGUGAUCAGUGGUUGGAAUGACGUUAAGCAAAAAAUAAAAGUAGUUUCCCAAAAAAGAACACAGAACUUACCAGAGCCACGGUUAGUUGCUGUUAGUAAAACUAAACCUAUAGAACAUAUUAUUGGUAUUUAUCAAAAAGGCCAAAGACAUUUUGGUGAGAAUUAUGUUCAGGAAUUACUAACUAAAUCUUUUGACGUUGAAAUAUUAAAACAAUGUCCGGAUAUUAAAUGGCAUUUUAUCGGUCACAUUCAAAGGAACAAAGUAUCAAAAAUAUUAUCGGUUCCUGGUUUGGAUAUUAUUGAAACAGUUGAUAAUGAAAAAUUAGCUGACGCUAUUAAUGUUGCAUGGAAAAAACAGAAUAACAAAAAUCCAUUGAAAAUUAUGGUCCAAGUGAAUACUAGUCGAGAAGAAGAAAAAAAUGGAGUAUUACCCGAUGACGUAGUAAAAUUAUGCAAAUAUAUCAUUGAAAAUUGUGAAAAUUUAAAAUUUAUUGGCCUUAUGACUAUUGGACGAUUUGGUUAUGAUUGUUCAUUAGGACCAAAUCCAGAUUUUUUGACAUUGGUUGAAUGUAAAAACAAAGUUAGUUUUGACUUGCAAUUGAACUCGUCUAAUAUUGAGUUAUCAAUGGGAAUGUCUGAUGAUUUUGAACAUGCUAUUGAAUGUGGAAGCACAAACGUUCGAGUAGGAAGUAAUAUUUUUGGUUAUAGACCAAAAAAAGAGAGAUCUCAGAAAUAGUUUCAAUCCAAUGAGGAUUAUAAAAUUAUCUUAGAUUUAUAGCUAAUUAUAUACUAUUAAAAAUAUCUUUAUUUUAUGUAUGUAGGAAUACAUUUAUUUAAGUUAAAUUUUUUGUUUUUAAUAUUUAUAUAUCCAUCAGAGCAUGCUGCAAGUAACUUAAACGAUUAUAUCCUUAUAAACAUGCGUA